AUGGUCUCUUUCCAACAGGAAAGUGACGGUGACCCGGCCUCGAAGCCAUGGUAUGAACUAGGCUCUGCUAAGCAUCAAGGAACGGAGGUCACGAUGGCGAGGAUUCUUCAGGAACAGUAUCCGUCCCAUUCUCUCGUGCUAGCCCAUGAUGUUCUCUAUACAACGUACACGCGCUUUUCCAUUCUCUCGAUGCCCGGUGUUGAGGUGGAGCUGGUGUCGAAACCGGACCUCGUUGUCAAUAACUCGUUCAAGGCAUUACCUCGAAGCGCAUUUGUCGGCACUCCUGGCGGCGACAAUGUGUCAGCAGAGCUCGUCCCUUCAGUUGAGUAUGGCGGAUUCAAGCUGACAUGGAAGGAUCGGCACUUCCUUUUGUACAUUGUACACUUUGCACGAGGACUCAGUACCAACACGCAAUUCUUCCUGCUUCAUGAUGGUCCUGAAGAACCAUCCCAUCAGCUUCUUCUCGCGGCCGGUUCAUACCAGAACGAAUUGCAUGAUGAGAUCUGGCAGUUUGUGGACGGCUUUUGGCAGAAGAGCAGCGGUUUGUGGAAGGAUAUACAGUCGGCGAACUGGGACGACAUCAUUCUAGAGUCCGACUUCAAGGCGGCCGUCAAGAAGGACGUAUAUGGCUUCUUCGAGUCGCGCGACAUGUACAAACGAUUCAAGAUUCCAUGGAGGCGCGGGAUUAUCAUGCACGGACCACCUGGAAACGGGAAAACCAUCAGUGUCAAAGCAAUAAUGAAAGACUGCUCUGUGAUGGGAUACACGCCGCUGUAUGUAAAGACGUUCAAGAACUUCCGCGGUGACGAAUACGCUAUCCAAGCCAUAUUUGACAAGGCGCGCGACACGGCCCCAUCAGUCAUAGUUCUUGAAGACUUGGACAGUCACAUAACGGAGCAGAACCGCUCCUACUUCCUCAACCAGAUCGAUGGGAUCGGUGGUAACAAUGGCAUUCUGGUCCUAGGAACCACGAAUCACUUCGAACGCCUCGAUCCAGCUUUGAGUACACGUCCAUCCCGUUUUGAUAGGAAGUUUCUGUUUGACGACCCAGACCGCCCUUCGCGUCGGCUAUACGUGAAGUAUUGGCAGGACCAACUCGCAGGUAGCGAGGAUAUCUCGUUCCCCGAAGCCCUUGCUGAAGAGAUCGCCGAUUCUACGGGCAAGUUCUCGUUUGCGUAUCUCAAGGAGGUCUUCGUAUCCUCGCUCGUGAGCCUGUUGAAAGAACGAGAGGAGGGACACGAUGUCUCCUUCGCGCGAUGUGUUCGAGAGGAGAUCGCCACGCUUCGCAAGCAACUUGAUAAGCCGCAAGGACCAGAAGUUGCCAGAAAUUCCCAGCUGGCCAUGGUCCAUUGA